UUUCAUCGCAGUGUAGACACAAAUAGACUGUGGUUUCAUCGAAUACUUGGCGUGGUGCUCAAAUGACAGAAUUUGAGAAAUGGAGGCGAAUUCGUUAACGGAAGUGACGACUUUGAUACGAGAAUGGGAAGACACCGAAAAUCAACCAGGCUAUAACCCGGUACCGACACUUUUAAAGCUAGCCGAAAAGAUCGAACAAGAAACGGAGAACUACUCAAAAAUGGAUCCAGACCCUUUUGACGAACGUCACCCUUCUCGCACCGAUCCAGAAUGCAAACUCGGGCAAAUCCUAAAAGCAUUGUUUCGCAAAGACAACUUCAUGACUCGUCUAGUGAACGACUAUUUACGCGACACUUACUACAGCCGUUUGGGUAUAACAAAUAGAAACGUAGAUGAAUUGAACAUCGCCGCGUGCCGACUUAUGCUGGACAUUAUGCCCGGUCUAGAAACUUCGGUAGUGUUCCAACCCGACAUGGACAGCUUGAUCCAACGUCUCAUCAAGUGGUCAACAAACUCCAUUGAGCCUCUGCAAAGCUAUGCGACCGGUUUGCUCGCUGCCGCGAUGGAAAUACCGGAAAUAGCGACGAGAUAUCGUGAACAGAACGGUCGACUUGUCCCGCUGAUGAUUCAACGUCUUCGUUCGUUCCAAACUGCUGAGCCCCAUGUGGGAAUCGCACGUCCUUUUGCGCAUCUAUCUUCGAUGAAAUCUCCCCCCUAUGUGCAUGAUUUUGGCAAACAGUUCAAAACACCACCAAAUGGUACAAUCGAGUCGAGAUGUCACGACGACGACGAGGAGCGAAGCAGUAAACGCGCAAGAUUGGAUUAUAAUCUCACGCCGCCGAGUACGAGCCCGUUGCGCUGUCCGAACAGCUUCGUACCGGAGAGUAGUAACUCGUCGUGGGCCGAGCUGGAGAGUUACAUGAUCGGCAAUCUGCAACUGCAUCCGCCGACGCUCGCGACGAAACGCAUACUGAUCCUGCGCUAUUUAACGCCGAUGGGGGAGUACCAGGAGUUCUUGGGACACGUGUUCGAGCACAACGUUCUCGAGCUUAUUUUGAAUUACGUGAACGUGAAGGAGACGAAGGAGGCGCGACUCGCCUUCGAAGCGCUCAAGUACUUGGCGGCGCUGCUGUGUCACAAGAAGUUCUCAAUCGAAUUUAUACAGGGGAAGUACCUCGAAUUUCUGCUGGACGUUCCGAGGCCGUCGAUUGCCGCGACUGGAGUGUCAAUUUGCUUGUACUACUUGGGGUAUUGCGAGGAGGCGAUGGAGCGCGUUUGUCUGCUGCCGAAAUAUGUCGUUUGUAACUUGGUGAAGUACGCGCUCUGGCUGUUGGAGUGUUCGCACGAUUCGGGCCGAUGUCACGCGACCAUGUUUUUCGGGUUGACGUUCCAAUUUCGAGUGAUCCUGGACGAGUUUGACGAUCAAGACGGUUUGCGAAAGUUACAUAAUGUCAUUGCGACGUUGCCGAUUUUGUGCAACGAGGAGAAUGUGGCCGUAUUGAAUGAGGAUGCGGAGUGCGCGGCGCGCCAGAUAGUCAGACACGUCUGCGUUGCCUACCGUCGGUACUUAGAGGCGCAUUUGUAUAUAAAGGUAGAGCACUUGAGGCGUUCGCAGAUUCGGCCGAACGAUCGAACGGCCGCGAUCAUCCCGGCGCAACCGAGUUACAAGGCGUGUAAGUCGUCGCCUGACGAAGUUCAACAACAGAUAGAGACGCUGCUACAACUGAUGCCCUUCCGUAGCCACUGGCAACCUGUCGAUUAUCUACACAAACUUGGGGGCAUUACUUUGCUGUUGAAGAUCAUCGCCUUCGCGUACGAAUGGAAUUACAGUGGGCGGGCUGAGACGGUGCGUUGCGCGUUAGACGUGUUGGCUAUCGCUUGCGUAAUUCCAAAGGUGGUAUUGCUCUUUUGCGAACGCGUAGACCUUCCCGAUGAUGCCAUCAUCACCGUAGGUAUCAAUAUCAUCUUGGGAGCGGCCGAUGGGGAAAUCGUUGCCGAUCCCGAUGUUCAAAAGGCAGCCUUGAGAGUGAUCGUAAACUGCGUUUGUGCGCCAAUUCACCGAGCGAGUGCGCCGAUUUCGCGAUACUCUGCGACCGGUACGAUUUCGCCCAGCAAGAAGACCAAAUUCAAGAGUUCCGAAGAGUUAAUACAGAAAGUGUGGUCGACCGUACGCUCGAAUAGCGGUAUUAUGGUGCUGCUACAGCUCAUGAACGUUAAGACGCCCAUUACGGACGCCGAUUGCUUACGAACUCUCGCCUGUAAGGCUCUAGCCGGUUUAGCACGAUCCGAAACCGUCCGCCAAAUUGUCUCCAAACUUCCACUUCUAACCAGCGGCCAACUGCAGACGUUAAUGCGCGACCCCAUCCUGCAAGAGAAGCGCCAGGAGCACGUCUACUUUCAGAAGUACGCUCUGGAGCUCCUCGAAAGGCUGUCGGGCAAAACCAAACACUACGGUAACGAACUAGAAGUUUCGUUGGGCAAUAUUCACCGAGCCAACAUAGUCGCCCAAACUAAGAUACACUUCAACGACAAGCAACUUUUACAACUAAUCCACCAGCACCUACUUGCACAAGGCUUAACGGAAACUGCCACGUCUUUGCAGAAGGAAGCGCGUCUGUCGAGCUCGGUGGCUACAAGCGUCAAUCAUCCACCAAACAAAUUUCGUUACACGGCAACUACGCCUAAUCGCUCCAGGCUUUCGUUAUCGUCACCCGCUUAUAGAAUCACCACAAACACCUCCAGUACCGACAGUUCCGCCGUGAAUCACAACGGUACCGGUAGCGCUAUACGGAUUAAAAAAAAAUCGACACCUUCCUCCCCCCACGUGAAUUUAAUACCAAAACCUCGUCUACAGAAACAGUUAUCGGCGGAGCCUCUAUUAAAAGUCCUAAGUCAACCGAGCGAAGAUUCCCUCGGUGCUGAUCAUCCACGAAUCACUUUGGACUCGAUCAUUACGGAAUACCUCACCAAUCAGCACGCCUUGUGUAAAAAUCCUAUGGCGACGUGUCCACAAUUUAAUCUUUUUGUCCCGCACAAAUGUCCCGAUCCCAAACCAAAAAUACAGACGGCCAGCAACUUCGCUUUGCGAUCAGUCCGCCGUCAAGUUGGUUACCAAUCGAAAGCGCUCGAUCGUAAAUUCAUCCACAGUCGCUUCUGCCCGGUGCAGACCAUACGACUUCCAAAUGACGACGGCUUCUACACGUGCGUGCGCUUCCUCCCGGGCGACCAGAGCAUCGUAGCGGGCGCCGACUCUGGCGACAUUCGCAUAUUUAACAUCCACACAGGGAACGAGGAGGCGUCCUUCUCGGCGCACGACAGUUACGUCCUCCACACGGAGCCGAGCCGCGACGGUCAAUUGCUAAUCAGCUGCUCCACCUGGGGCCGACCUCUCUCCGCUCUUUGGUCGAUGAACGGUUACGAAAUGAAGCACACGUUCGGAAACGAAGAGUACAUGGAGUUCAGCAAGGCGAUACAAGACAAACUGAUCGCGACCAAAGGCGAGGCGGCGACAAUCUACGACAUAAACACGGGAACGGCCAUCAAGAGCUUAGUGCCGACCGUCGGAAAUCAAUACACGCGAAACAAAGCAACCUUCAGCCCCUACGACGAUCUGGUACUGUGCGAUGGCGUAAUCUUCGACGUUAAUUCCGGGAAGCAAAUACACAAACUCGACAAACUAAACCAGACACAAAGCGGCGUAUUCCAUCCGAACGGUUUGGAGAUCGUCUCCAAUACUGAAGUGUGGGAUAUUCGCACCUUUCAGUUGCUUAAAACCGUGCCGAUACUGAACCAUUCGCAAGUCAUCUUCGCUCCGAUCAACAACACGAUUUACGCGAUCUCGCUGGAGCAAGAGGAGGACGACGAUCAGACAUUCGAGACCAGCUUCAAAACUGUCGACGCAACCGACUAUUCGAGCAUCGCGACUUUCGACGUCAAGCGCAACGUGUACGAUCUUGCGGUAAACCACUUCGAUACCCAAAUCGCGAUCGUCGAAAAUUUGGGCGUCUAUCACGCGCCCCAGGAGUCGGUCGUGCGUAUCUACGACGUCGGUCGCAAGCGGGACGACGAGGACGAACAGGAAGAGGAGGAGGAGGACGACGACGAGAACGAUAUGGACGGUUCCGACGAGGACGGGUCGGAUAACGAUACAAUACCUUUGAGCACGUCCCAAAAUGAUAACAAUGGUAACAAUGAAGGUGAAGAGGACGAGGAUAAUGAGAGCGAUGGUAGUUGGACGGACGCUUUGGAAGAUGAGUCCGAUGAUUCGCAUGGAAGCUACUCAUCCGGUUUAAGUGCCAUUGAAGAUCUACUUUUUGAUUAUUAAUUGUAAAUUAAUUUCUAUUGUAAUGUUGUGUAUAAUAUUUCUUAUUAUUUAUAAUCAUGAAAUACAGUAGUUGUAAACUGGCAA